AUGCCUCAGAUUGGGUCCCGGUGGCCGGAGGACUACAGGCACGUCAUUAUCACAAUGUCGCGAAGCGGAGGGCAUCUCAGGCUUCUCAAAUAUGACAAUCUGGCUCGAUCUACAUUAUCUUUAUUCCAGGGACUAUCUGAGGCUAUGAAUUCAAUUGACAUGAGUGAAAUCGAAUCCACAUCCUCUGCUCUGCGGUCCUCGCCUACUGCAAAUACCAUCAGAGCAAGCCAUAACAUCCGGCGUUCUUCACCCAGUAUUUUGGGAAGUUUACUCGAAGAGAACGUUGUCCAUCCUCGUUCACAGUCCCCCCAACUUAUGGCUUCUGGAAGGAACGCAAGCCAGACGGACCUAGCUGAAUUGCCCGUUUCUCCACAUGAAGAUCCCGACCUCGUCGGUGAGGCCGCAGCAGCAAUGUUUCGUUCGCAACGUCUCUACAUUACCCACCAGCAACUAGAGAACUACAGCGUCGAGGCCCUAAACAUCAAUCCGCUCACAGGUCGUCCGCACCAACCGCCCGUAACGGGGCGUCCGUUCCGAUAUAGCUCCCUCAUCACACCACGUCCGGCAGGGCUAUCUACUCAUUCAGCAUCCCCGGAGGGACAGGACAGCAGACCAUCAACAGCCCCCAGCGCAUCUACCGCGACUGGCACUGCUCAGACAGAGUACAGCGCAUUCUCCACCCCGCAGCUCGAUCGUCAAAUGACAGUCGUGCCACAGCAGCGUUCCGCAUCACACAUCGAACUAGAUGACGACGCUCUUUGCGCCCAGGAGUCGAAGACAUGGGACUUCAUGCUUGCGCAGAUGGCAGAUUGGGAGGAGCGGGAGCGUAGCUGGAAGAAAUUCAAGGACGAUAUGGAUAAGAAGUUGAGUUCUGGUAAGCUGGGAAUGGGGCUGGGAUGGGGUUCCUGGUCGCUCUCUACGGGGGGGAAGAUAAAGUUGAAGAAAGCGCAGUUUGGCCAUGAGAAGAAGUGGAAGAGGAAGGUUGGGUUAGCGUCUUGA